AUGCCGAAACAGAUAACUGAAAUCAAGGAAUUUUUGUUAACUGCUCGACGGAAAGAUGCAAAAUCAGUUAAAAUCAAGAAGAAUUCUGAGAAUGUUAAAUUCAAAGUACGAUGUAGUAAAUACCUUUACACUCUUGUUAUUCAGGAUAAGGAAAAGGCUGAAAAGUUAAAACAAUCAUUGCCGCCUGGUCUUCAAGUUAAAGAACUAAAAUAA